AUGGCACCCAAACCUCGCGCCGUGACAGCCAAGGCGUUGCAAACUCUACUUGUACACAUCGGCGCACCAUCCUCAGGAACAAAAGCAGUACUACAGGAACGGUUCCGACGUGAUAUCGGAAUAUCUCAUCUUUCCAAGAGUCAACCGACAUGGCCAAAAUCUGGAGCUGCAAACAAGAAGCUCCGCAUUAUGAGCAUCGACAUGGGAAUCAAGAACCUGGCGUUUUGCGAGGCGGAGGUAUCUUACCCAUUGAAAGAUAGCCUAGAUGCGGACAUGAAGGUUUUGAGAUGGGAGAAGAUUAACCUUACGGAAGCCCCAGGGGACGAGAUACAGAGCGAAAAGAAAUCUCCACGAAAGGGCAAGACCACAAAGCAACGUACUGAGGGUGCUGACGAAGCAUCGGACAUGUAUUCUGCGGAUGCUUUGUCCAAGACAGCGUAUGGCUUGAUCAAGAACACGAUUCUAGCCGGCUCGCCAGACAUCAUCUUGAUCGAAAAGCAAAGGUGGAGAUCUGGCGGUGGAAGCGCGGUGCAACAGUGGACUUUGCGGGUCAACACUCUAGAAGGCAUGCUAUGGGCUGUACUUCAAACCAUAUACGCACAACGACUGGAAAAGGGAGCGUCAGCAUCGACUACAGCAAAGCUCUACGUAGUCUUCAGUGCAGAUCCCAAACGCGUGGGUCAAUAUUGGCUCACCCGAGCUGCCGGACGCCUCGCAGAAGGCGACGAAGAAGUCGUCAAACUAAACGAGGGCGACGAAGCCGAAGUGGCCACUCCGAAAAAGACGCUCAGUCGAUCCAAAGCAGAAAAGAAGGUCAAAAUCGCUCUCCUCCGCUCUUGGCUCACCGCAACACCCGCGUCCACGGCGUCGGUAACACAAGACACGGUACCGGGCAUAACCUUCAAUUUCGCGCCAGAUGCAGAGAGUACCCGUCAAGCGCUCCUAUCGCAGUCAACAUCCAAACGGCGUAAGAAAGCCAAGGAGGAAACAGACGACGUGCUUCCAGCUGCAGCAGUCGCAGGCUCUGCGCUCAAGAAGCUGGACGACGUCACAGAUUGCUUCCUCCAGGCUGCUGCGUGGGUUAGUUGGGAGUCGAAUCGUCUGCAGCUGCGGCAAGUGUGUGAGCGGAAUAAGAGCGGUGAUGGAAUAGUGGCUGAACUGACGGAUGAGGUUAUGUUGGAGAUGAUUGAGAAGAUCGAGGGGAUUUGA